AUGCCCAUAUCUAAUAUCAACUUUCCGCUUCGGCCCUUCUCCGCCAUCGUAUCUCCUGUCCGGGCAUUCCUUGCUUUCGUGCUCCUAUCCGUUCCUCUCGCCAUUCUCUUCCGCGCGAACUCCCAACGACUCACCCUACUCCCAUCGUCAUCCGCAUCGUUCGCUUCGCAACCGAAUUCCGCAAAGUCGAAGAAGAUGGCGCCCAAAAAGAAGAUUGCGAUCAUGACGUCGGGCGGCGACUCGCCCGGCAUGAACGGCGUCGUGCGCGCCUGCGUGCGCAUGGCCAUCCACCUGGGCUGCGACGCAUACUGCAUCUACGAAGGCUACGAAGGUCUCGUCCGCGGCGGGAAUCUCAUACGGAGGAUGGAAUGGCACGACGUGCGCGGCUGGCUCUCCGAGGGUGGCACCCUGAUUGGCACUGCCCGUUGCAUGGCCUUCUACGAGCGCCCCGGUCGUCUGGCCGCUGCGAGGAAUCUGAUCAAGGAGGGAAUCGAUGCCCUCAUUAUCUGCGGUGGUGACGGCUCGCUCACCGGUGCCGACCGCUUCCGUUCCGAAUGGCCCUCGCUGCUCGAGGAGCUCGAGUCCAACGGCGAGUACACCUCCGCCCAGUUGGCCCCCUACCGUCACCUCAACAUCGUUGGCCUGGUUGGGUCCAUCGACAACGAUCUCUCUGGCACCGACGCGACCAUCGGCUGCUACUCGGCGCUUGCCCGCAUCUGCUCCGCUAUCGAUCUUAUCGAGGCUACUGCCUCGUCACACUCCCGCGCGUUCGUGGUUGAGGUCAUGGGGAGACAUUGUGGAUGGCUGGCCUUGAUGGCUGGUGUGGCCACGGGUGCCGACUUCAUUUUCAUCCCGGAAAAGCCUAGGGAGGAUAACUGGAGGGAGGAAAUGUGCGGUGUUGUGGAAUAUCACCGGAAACUCGGAAAACGCAAGACCAUUGUCAUCAUCGCCGAAGGAGCACUCGACCGGGAAGGCAAUAAGAUCACUCCCGAGAUGGUGAAGGACCUGCUCGCCGACAAAGAUGGUCUUGGCCUGGAUACCCGCAUCACAACCCUCGGCCACGUCCAGCGUGGCGGGACCGCCGUCGCAUAUGACCGCAUGCUUGCGACUCUUCAGGGCGUGGAGGCCGUGAAGGCUGUGCUGGAGGCUACCCCAGAAACACCCACUAGCGUCAUUACAAUCAACGAGAACAAGAUCGUCCGCAAGAACCUCAUGGAGGCCGUCAGGGAGACGAAGCUUGUGGCCAAGGCGAUCGAGGCGCAGGACUUUGACCGUGCCAUGGGGUUACGAGACACCGAGUUUUCGGAACAGUACCGGUCGUUUAUGAUGACAACCGCCGUGCAGAUGAACCAGGAGAUAAUGCUGCCAGAAAACGAGCGCAUGAAAAUCGGCUUCAUCAACGUUGGUGCCCCCGCUGGCGGUAUGAACGCUGCGGUGCGCGCCGGCGUGGCCUACUGCUUGUCUCGUGGCCACGAACCUAUCGCCAUCUAUAACGGAUUUGCUGGGUUUGCGCGCCAUCACGGCGAUGACCCUCUGGGGGCGGUCCGGCCAUUCAACUGGCUCGAAGUCGACGGCUGGGCUAGCAAGGGCGGCUCCGAAAUCGGGACGAACCGUGAGCUUCCCAGUGAGUCCGGCAUGGACACCAUCGCCGAGCUGAUCGGGCAGUACAAGUUCGACGGCCUGUUCAUCAUCGGCGGCUUCGAGGCCUUCCACGCGGUGUGCCAGCUCCGGAAGGCCAGGGAGCAGUACCCUUCGCUCUGCAUCCCCAUCACGCUCCUCCCGGCCACUAUCUCCAACAACGUACCUGGUACCGAGUACUCGCUCGGCUCCGACACCUGCCUGAACGAACUCGUCGAGUAUUGCGACAAGAUCAAGCAAUCCGCCUCCGCCACGCGGCGCCGCGUCUUCGUGAUCGAGACCCAAGGCGGUCGCUCGGGUUACGUAGCAACCCUCGGCGGCCUCGGUGUCGGCGCCUCUGCCGUCUACACCCCCGAGGAGGGCGUCAGCCUAGAGAUGCUUGCUGCCGACGUCCGGCACCUCAAGUCAGUCUUCGCCGAGGACCGGGGCCAGUCCCGGGCCGGGCGGCUUAUCCUUAUCAACGAAAAAGCCUCCAAGGUCUACAACGCGCGACUGAUCGCCGAUAUCCUACGCGCCGAGGCCCACGGCCGGUUCGAGAGCCGCGAGGGGAUCCCCGGCCACAUGCAGCAGGGCGGCGUGCCAUCGCCCAUGGACCGGUGCCGCGCCGUGCGCCUGGCGAUCCGCUGUAUCCAGCACCUCGAGCAAUACGGCCGGAAUGGACACGACCGCAUCAAGAAAGACCCGCUGAGCGCUAGCGUGAUUGGGAUCAAGGGCGCCAGUGUCGUGUUCACCCCUGUCGAGAUUGCCGAGGAGGAGGAGACGGACUGGCCGAACCGGAGGCCCAAGGCGGCGUUUUGGGUGGGGAUGAAGGAGAUUGGGGAUAUCCUGGGUGGGCGGCCGCAGCAUGACAUACCGGAGGCGGAUUUGACGGGGGUCAAGGCGAAGGAUGUCAAGAGGGGGAUUGCGUAA